AUGUCUGCUCCAACGAACCCGUUGCUACUGAAUUGCGAUGCUGAGCCGGAAUUAGCUGAGAGACCUUCGUUGCAGGAAGCCUCAAGCCGGCGAGGAAUAUUCGGAUACAAGCUAUCAAACGAUUCUUCAGUGAUUAGGGCAUUCAAAGACGCUUUCUAUGAUUUGAGGCGUAUUGGUAAGAAGAGCAAGGAUAGUCGCCCACUUGAUUGGUGUUUCAUCCGGCGAGUCCUCUGGGCCAGCUGCUGGAACCUGUCUAUUCUGGGCUUAUUGAUUUAUUUAUGUCUGGUACCGCUGGAUUUCAGCGAUGAAGAAAACAGUUGUCAGCCUGAUGGAGAGUUUCGAUUCGAUGGUAUAGAUCAACUUGGUGGCUUUGAUUGGUGGGCGCCUAGGGGAUUCUUUCAAAUCACGCUUGGCUGGGGUCGGUUUAGUUUUGGCACUGCGAAGCUCGUUGAUGUUAUUUGGGACUUGGUUGUUGGUCGAGGGGGCCAAACAGUCAUGGCUCUUGUAUCAUGGGAAGUGUUUGUCCAAUAUCUCCAACUCUCUCUCGUUAUGAAGCCGGCAUCUUACAGCACAGUGUGGCUUAUCAAGAUGCAAAAAAAUAACUCAGCUCUUGCAACUUGGGAACUUGCUUCGGGGUUCUUCAAGGUUGGCCUCGCAUCCAAAAAGGUCAUGUGCUUCAUUAUCUGGACAGCAUCAUUCAUUCUUGCUUUUCCGACCUUCGCCAGUUCAAUGACUGGAUAUACGCCGUACAACAAGGCUUAUUUUAACAGCACCAGCGGAAGGCUAGUGCAGUUUUCGGAAAUCAAACCCGUCGCUUACUUGAUAAAAGAUGGGAAUAGAGUCGAUGGCCUGAGCAAGGACUAUCCCGUAUUAUGGAUAGGCAACUCGGAGACUAUUGUCAAAUCUUCUUCUAUUGAGAUAUUUGACCAGUGUAGUGAGUGGGAUGUUAAUGACACGAAAGUUGAGUGCCAGCUACAGAGAGAUGUAUCUGAGUAUGCUCAACUCUACGGUUUCGACGGAAAAGGCGGUCGUGAAACUCGAAACGGCCAGAAAACUUAUUUUCGUAACCAGACACUGAACUGGCCACCCCUCAACAUCAAAGCCUUCUAUCUCCCCAACAGUUUUUACUGGAACUGGACGGCUUACCUUCCUGAUGUGGCAUCUUCAACACCUCUUAGACCAUAUGGAGACAAUUCAGCCUCGGCAUUCAUUGUUGAGGAUGAGAUAUACAAUUUGAAAGAUGUCCAAGCUGGAGGAGUCUGUCAACCAAUAAAGAGCGGAGAAUCUAUCAAAUAUCAAUGGGGGUUUUCCUUUCUCCAGUUGUUCGUCAUGACUAUCCUUCUUCAGUUGUGGAGCGUCAGUCUUUUUGUGUUGUGGGCAACCACAAAAUUAACGCUGAAACGAAACGACAUCGGGGCAUCAUCUGAAGGCUGGAAGGGCCUCCUCGAAUUAACGGAUAACAUCAAAGAACAAAUAGAGUCUGCUGGUAUCACUUGGGAGGAUCUCACCGACAAAGAGCUACACGGAGAAAUUCAGCAUCUUCUCACAGGGGGGCCAGUCCCUACAUCUUCGGGAAACCCCUUCCCCCAAGGGCAGUCUAGCCUAUGGAAAUGGACACAGAGGGUCAAAUGGCAUCUUCUAACAGUCAUGUUCUUUCUUGUUUGCAUUUGCCUCGAGAAUCUACUUCGUCCUACUGGAUUUUACGACUACCUCAGCCUCGGGGGGUCCAGUAACCUCAUUUCCGAAGGGAGGCUCUGGAUGGCAGUCUUUUUUUACACCACCGCAAGCAUUAUUAUCGCUUGUGCCCUAGGAUCAACAUAUCGGCAGAGGUUACUAGUCCUGUUGGCAGCCGUUGUCUUAUGUGUCCCCUUCUUUUUCUACUCUUCUAUUGAACGCGAUAUCGUCUUGCCUGGGCUCUGUGUGGGAUCUUUUCUUGCCUUUUCCCUUGGCUCUUCACGGGGAAGCCGCGCUGUCCUGCUUGUUGUCCCUCUUCUUUGUAACUAUAUCGUUGCUUUUGGCUUGUUCAUCUCUCGUCAUUAA